CUAGUUUUGAGCGUGCAUGCGGAGGGUGUUUUGCGACCCAGAGCCGCAGGCAAAGCUUGGCUCAAGACGAUUGCCUGAGCAGGAGCUAAGGUGUCGUAAUUAGCGGCACACCGACCGCCCAUAUAAUGGCGGCCCUAAAUUGCAACUUUGCAGAAGCUUUAUGUUUGGGCAUUGGCGAGUAUCAGCACGAUCAGUGCCUACCGAAAGCCGCUACUGACGCUGAAAACAUGGCAUCAGUGUUCAGAGACUUGGGAUGUUGCAAUGUAACAUUUGAAACCAAAGAACCUUUGACGAGGCAAAGGACUCUGAAACUUGUGUCUGAUUUCGUUCUUCGGACAAAGCUCCAAAUGCAAGAGGCCGAGACAAAGAUGGCGGAGCCGUUGCUAGUGGCACUCUUUGUGGCAUCCCAUGGCAUCCAUGCACAUGGCAAAGAAUUGCCAUUGAUCGUGCCAGCAGACCUCACUUGCAGCUCCGAGAUCGACUUGUUGAUUGACCUGGACAGGCUCUUGCUGAACGAACUUGCGCAGGUCCUACCUCCAAAGCAAAACCAGCGCACCUGCUGCAUUUGGAUUAUUUUGGAUACUUGCCGAUCGGGGCCAGUCACCACUUGGCAGAGGCAUUGGGAUUAUAACCCAAUCAAUCCAGCUGCAGGGAACCGUGGCCCGCGCUCUCUCAACAGCAAACUCACUCCCUUUUUCCUCUUCCUGUUAGCAUGUGAUCCUGGCGGGUGGGCUUCGGAUUCUGAUAGUCUUUCUUCAGCUCUUGUGAGAGCUUUGCGGCAAGACAACACCAGCAUCAGGGAUGCAUGUGAACAUGCAGUGGAUGCAGUGCACAAAGCCUCUCGUGGCCGUCAGAGGCCUUGGGUGAACCAGCGAUCAGGGACGAUUUUCUCAAAGAUUCGAAAACUAUCUCCUGCUCAACCCCAGCGUGGGGCUGACGAGCACGAAGCACAAUGUUUACCACAUUGGGCUCGAAUUCUACUUGCUCGUCUUGCUGGAUUUGCAACGGCCUUGCUGGUGGUGUUUGUUUUCUUCGGCUUGUUCUUCUGCCAUAUUUUCGCAGGAGCUGAGAAAGUUGCACGUGGCGAGUCUUGCCCUGGGAAUUCCUGCUUUUGCACCGAUUGCCACCAUCGGGACAUCUACGGCCAUGUUUUCCGGGAUCCCACACAGUACGAUUGUGGGCCAAGAUUGGCUUGGCUUUGGCCAUGUCCCGAAAGUCUUGGUCCAGGUUGUUGGGGUUCGUGCAUCGGGAUGGAGCAACCCCACUGGACGCGUGUGUUGUUCUGGUUUCAGUCGUCAAUGUGGUGACUUCCCUUCCAUUUAGGCUGCAGGCCCCAUAUAUGUCACAUGUCACUUUGAUGGCCUAUGCUUAUGGCAUUCUCAACUUUGCAUUCAUUGCAGCUUCAAUCUCCAUGGGGGGGUUGAUCCAUGCUCAGUUCCAGGGUGUCUCAGAGUGGACUCGUGGAGAGUUUGUUCCAAACUUUACAUCCUUCUUUCUGUGGACCGCACUCGUUGGGCAACUUUUAGUAUGGAUGUGGUCUCGUGCGAUUGGACUCAUCAGUGAAGAGCAUGCCGGCAAACAGGAAAUGCUUUUCUAUGCGUUCCAUGUCUUCACUGCAGCAGUGUUGGCCCUCAGUGGAUUUGCCAAGUCUAGAGGGUCAGAGGGACCAGUUGCGAACAAAUCACACCAGUUACUUUGUGUCUCCCUGUGUUGGAUGUUCGUGGUGCUGGCCUGGCUUUGCACUAGCCACUAUGAUGAAGAGUUGAUGGCCAAAUACCACCUUCUGAGAGUCGUUGCAGAGAGGGCCUGCAACUUCUGGAAGAUCCAUUUGAUGGUGUGGUUUUCUGAGCAUAGCAUUCGAUGUACUCUUCUGAGAGGUGGCUUUGUGGGGAGGCUGCGUGCAGCCAGACUUGUGCCUUCAAACUUUCAGGCCGAAAGAUUGCACGCAACCUGGGACGCAGUGCCACUGGUUGAGGAUCAGUUUCGCCUGU